CCCAUUCCACACGGGGGCUCUGCAAUCUCCCCCGGCGACAGGAUUAUAUGGCACAGGUACACCUUCCCCCACCUCCCUCUCCCUCUCCUCUGUAUAGCGUGACGUGACACUACUGCUGUGAAUGGAGCAGCACUGGAUGUACAGGACGGUUUGGAGGAGCCGAAACAAAGCAGAUUUUUGUGUAAGAGGUGGUGCUGCAGGACACUGGGUGGAGGUGUGUGUGUGUGUGUGUGUGUGUGUGUGUGUGCACGCCCGCGGAGUCCUUAGCUCCGCCCCCUAGGCGGAACAAUUCCCGGAAUUGUCGCCUGACUCAAAGAAGAGAGCAGGUGUGCCUCUUGGCUGCCUGUCUGCCUGCCUGUCUGCCUGCGUGUCGGUCUGUCUGCCUGCCUUGAGGCUGGACUCCUGGAGCUCCGUCCUCCUCAGUAGGUCUUCCACCCGGGCUUUGUGCUUCUUGGGGAGGCAGUAGGGGAGGGAAGUCCUUCAAGCGUCCAGCAGUCAUGGCAGAGCUUCAGCCCCGGUCGGAGAUCUCCCCUAGGCACUAGGCGCCUCCACCCCCAGGGAAGGCCCCCGCCCACGUUGAUGCUGCUGGGCUGCCCUCCCCUAGGCUCUCCCCUCCGCCUCCUCCCUCUCGCCUCUCCCCCUCCUCACCCGAUCCUCCUCCUCCUCCCCCUCCCCCUCCUCUCCCCGUCGUCAAAGCGAUGAGCGGCGACCCGGGGUGCGGCCGGCGGGCCAGUGAUCCCGCCCCCCUCUGCGACUCGGCGGACGAGCGCACCGGCGAACUCGCCGAUGUCAUGGCGGCGCUGAUGGCGUGCGACCCGCCCCCGCCGUCGACGACGCCCGGCGCCAACGGCCUGAAGAACGGAGCGGCGGCGUCGGCGGCGGCUAGGAGGAAGGGCCAGGGCCCCCCACCCAGACCCCAGCUGACGGGCAGGAAGCUGUCGCUGCAGGAGCGGGGGAUGCACCAGGGGGGGGCCGGCCACGCCGCCUCCCACCGCGCGGCCCCCCGCCGGCCCACCGUGGAGUCCAAGCGCGUGUCCAUCUCUGACGCCCAGGACUGUAUCCAGCUGAACCAGUACAAGCUCCAGAGUGAGAUCGGAAAGGGUUCCUACGGUGUGGUGAAACUCGCCUACAACGAAGAAGACGAAAAAUAUUAUGCCAUGAAGAUGGUAUCGAAGAAGAGGCUGAUUAAACAAUGUGGUUUUCCACGUCGUCCACCUCCAAGGGGACCAAAAGCAGCCCUGGGCCAACAGCCAAAGAUCCUGGGCCCCCUGGAGAGAGUGUAUCAGGAGAUCGCCAUCCUGAAGAAGCUGGACCACCUCAACAUAGUGAAGCUGGUGGAGGUGUUGGAUGAUCCUGCUGAAGACAACCUUCACAUGGUGUUUGAGCUGAUGCGCAAGGGUCCAGUGAUGGAAGUGCCAACCGAAACCCCUUUCUCCGAGGAGCAGUCAAGGCUAUACUUUCGAGACAUCAUCCUGGGCAUUGAAUACCUGCAUUACCAGAAGAUCGUCCACCGCGACGUCAAGCCGUCCAACCUGCUACUGGGGGACGACGGACACGUCAAGAUCGCCGACUUCGGCGUCAGCAACCAGUUCGAAGGGAGCGACGCGCUGCUCUCCAGCACGGCCGGCACCCCCGCCUUCAUGGCCCCCGAGACUCUGACCGACAACCGCCAGAGCUUCAGCGGGAAGGCACUGGACGUGUGGGCCAUGGGCGUGACCCUCUACUGCCUGGUCUUCGGCAAGUGUCCCUUCAUAGACGAGUACAUCCUGGUUUUACACAACAAGAUAAGGAGCAAGAGUGUGGAGUUCCCAGACUCGCCAAGCAUCAGCGAGGAGUUGAGGGCACUGAUCCUGCGCAUGCUGGAGAAGGACCCGGACGCCAGGAUCACCAUCCCAGAGGUUAAGCUGGACCAAUGGGUGACUCAGGGUGGUACUGACCCCUUACCCCUAGAGGAGGAGCACUGCUCUAUGGUGGAGGUGACGGAGGAGGAGGUGAAGAACUCCGUCAAAUUCGUCCCCAGCCUCUCCGCAGUGAUCCUGGUGAAAGCCAUGUUGCGGAAGCGCUCCUUCAGUAAUCCCUUCGAGUGUCCCAGCAGGAGAGAGGAAAGGUCAAUGUCAGCCCCGGGCAACCUGCUGAUGGACUCAUGGCCCCUCCGCCCCUCUUUAAAGCGCCACCCGUCGCUAAGGAAGGGCAGCAGUGGCGACGGACCCCGCGAGCCAGAACUCGAGGACCUGCAUGAAAUCGAGCCCUCUCAGUGACCUUGGACCAAACCGUACUGGGCAUCAGUAAUCUCUUUCUCUCUCACGCACUCUCUCACCCCCUGACCUCACCUUCCCUUUGGCACCCCCCCCCCCCCCCCCCCACACUCUGUAUGCCUACUUAUUCUCAAGCACACGCUCCAGACCUUUCAAACAGAGAUGCACAGAGAUUUGUAUUCUCAGGCUUUACUUCUUCCUUCGAUUUUCCUCCAUCGCUUCCUACUCCUUCAAAACCAAAUACCUGUUUUUGUACUGAAUCCCUUUUUACCUCCGUUGCCCUCAACCCUGCGCUAGAAACUUGUGUGACCCGCCCCCCCCCCGACACCCUCCCUCCAGAUGACAAGAUGAUGUCCACCCCUCACCAGUCUGAAGUCAUCCACUCACCUGUAUGAUGUCAUCCACUCACCUGUAUGAUGUCAUCCACUCACAUGGAUGGUUAGAUCCUUAACACCAGACCUUCCCCUUCUGUUUACCGUCAGAGCAUGUAAUAACGGUGUAUAUGCCGUUAUGUUGCGCCUAACAGGAAUAGGACUUAUAUAUAUAUAUAUAUGAAUUAUGAAUGUCCAAAAAUUCAGAAUCAUACAAUUCCUCCAAUGCAUGGUGAAUAUUACCUCCAAUAACACAACAGACUGCUGACUCUACCAGCAACUUUACUUCUGCAAAAAAAAACAAAUAACUGGAAAGCUCUACCUACGGUAUAACGCAAGAAUCCCAGUACUACAACGCACAAAAAAACAUAAGCAUGCCAAAGGACAGUGCCUCGCAUGCUACCGACAAAAAGGGAAGAAAAAUCACACAAAAACACAGGGCUUUUUUUAACCGUUUUAUUUCUGAACAAUGAUGGGUUAUUUGAUGACGGUGCGAUGUGGUGUUAUCUGUCAUUGUGUGGCUCUGACUCAUCAAGCGGUGGUCUAUGUGCAGCCAUCCACCAUCCUCUGUAGCUGGAAGAUCGAUGGUGAUGAGUUUCCUUUCCUCACCACCCGCCCCCGCAUCAUCUUCAUGAUGUUUCUGAUUAGGGCUGUACUUCUACUGAUUGCAGUCUGAGAUUAAGUCAGAGAUUAAGCAGGGUGUCUAAAGUGACUUUGAAUCUUUUUUCGUACUUCCUCUCCUUUCUAGAUGUUGCUUUUCUACGUCUGUCCAUGAAGAAAUCUGUCUCACGUUUACCUGAUUGUUGUGUUUGUCCUGUCUGUGAGUGUCCCUGUGCCCUUCCCCUGUAUACUUGCACAGGGCACAUCAAACACAUGCACACACAAACCGUAGUUUCCACAUGUGUGGGAAAGUGACCGUGACGGCAAGGUGCACGACACAAACCUACUCUGCCAUCAGCCCCAGGACUGCCUGGGAUUUGCAUUCAUCCACCCCCCCUAUCACUUUCCAGCCCGGCACAUUGUCUUGCGGAUGACGGCUUUGUUUUUUGGCUGUGAUCGCUCUCCAGCGCCCACCAUCACACCGCCAACACCGUCACCCCUUCAACCAGUCAGUGCGGUGAUCCUAAUGAGGCUGAUUAGAAAGGAAUAAGUGCAGUGUUUUGCAUUUCUGACUCCUGGUUUCAUGGCGGUGUGGCGAAUUUUCAAUGAACCACAGCAACGGCGCCGACUACCAUCCGAACGGAGACUGCGCACGGCUGACGAACACUGGGAAGCACCAAGCCGGCCGUGUACUGUAGGGGGGUCACGGGGAGGACAGGCUGUCCUCUCGCAUUCUGUUUUUUAUGUUGUGAUGUCCGAUGUGUAUGCAAUGUCACGGACGUGCGUGAGUACGCCUGGCUUGGUUUGUUUUCCUGUCUCUGUCCUCUCAAACGUGUGGAGUAGCCGCUGUUUUCGUCGAGGAGAAUGUCCGUGCGCAGGGUUACUGUUUACCAAGGGCUGAGAUGACCACCGCGAGGAUAAGCUUCAUGUCCCUCACCGCGGGUGAAAAGCUAGAAGAUACGCACGCAAAUAUAGAUAUAGAGUGAACACUAAUACAGUGCUCGUGAAUCGUGAGAAUGCGUCUCGUGUGUCAAUGUGAGUGGUCUACAUGCUAUCUAUGUCGAUGUGCAAUAUUGUCGUAAGCGUCGUCUUUGUCUUACCCAGAGCUCUCAGGCCGCCCGCGUCUAAAGCUUUACUUGAUCCCUGUGAAGGCGUUUUUUAUUUUGUUUGUUUUUUCUAAUUUAAUACCGUUGAAUAUUUGCACUUUCCUACUUUAUACUGUUGCCCGAGCAUUUUACCAUUCAAGUCUACAGGAAAUACACCAAACCUCCUGACCAUUACAAAAUAAAUACCGCUCUAGGCUAAAGCAAUUAUUGUUUUCUUUCACUAGCAGUACUGCUACUAUGCUGCACCUGUCUGGUCGCACAAAAAAACCCGUUAGAAUGUAAUGAAGUUUGUGCUCACGUCAGAGAUGCAGUGAUUGCCGUUGGCAAGGUGACCUGUGACCUCUGCACAGAGCUGUCAUUGUCAAGCCAGGCUGCCAUUGUCUAGCCUGGCUGCUUGUAGUUGAAAGCAGCCGAUGGAUUGUUAUUGUUGAUUCUAUGUGGAGGCUGUGGUGGUUAUUUAUUACAAUGGAGUAGGGAGAAACUAUCAAUUAUUCUGCAUCAGUAUUAGUGUUCAUCCGAGAACAAAAACAAACCCAUUUUCAGGCUCAUUUUAUUGGAUGAAAAGAAUCAGGUGUGUGUGUGUGUGUAUAUAUUCUGGCAAGUUGUGUGACUGGUGUUUUCAGCAUGGUCGCUGGAUAUGUGUUUCAUGUUGCAUUUCUCUGAAUGUCCCGUACUCAACGAUCUAUAUCAAAUCCCAACAUAUACGAAACAAAAGCAUGGCACACCUAUAUGAAAUGCAACGGUUAUGUCAAUGUAAAUAUGUACGGAAAUAUAAAGAAGCUAUUUUUUGCAUGCUUUUUGUACACCAUAAUGUUAUGAUGAUAAUAAUACGGUAAUAAAGAAAAUGGCAGGUUCA